AAAAUAUUCAAUCCAAACAUGAGUGAUAAUAAAGAUGGAAUUUUUAAUGUGGGUAUUAGCAUUUGGAUCUCUAUUUGUGUUGUUGUGUGUUUUUGGUUUUGGAGUAAUUUUACUAAAGGACGAGGACAAUUUCAAAAUAAUUUACAUGCAAUUGAAGAAGGAUUGAGAAGGAUGCAAGCCGACAUAGAACUGCGGCAAAGAGAAAAAAGUAUUGGUUGUGUUGAAGAUGUCGAAGAUAUAUCUGAAUUCUUGAAAAAGUUUUAUGAAGAAGAAAACAUACAGAAAGAAGACAACGUUGAAGCUGUUCCAAUUAUGAACAAGGAUGAGACAAUAUUGGGAAACAAAGAAAAAGUUGAAGAUAAAAAAACUAUAUGAUUAUUUAUACGAAUAGUACAUUUUAUUUUAUAAAGAAACAAUGUAAUUAUCAAAAUGUGAAUUAGAAUCAUUCAUUAAUUUGUAAGUAUGAUUAAUUGUAAGUUAUUAAU